UGGUAUGCUAGACGAGCUUAUACCUUGUAGAGAUACUGCUUUAGUCUGCUUACCUUGGGUUUUUCUUCUGCUAUGCAAUAAUGCCAGUCUCUUUGCAUUACUUUUAUUUUUUACAUGCAGCUACUACCAUCAUGCAAAUGUAGAAGGUAUUAUUCUGUACAGAUUUUAGGUAGAGCAGGUAACAUCAACUGCUUGUUAUGGGACUAGGCCCACUUUCGAGUCGCUUUUCUUCUGAGGACACUCCCUACCACUGUCCGACGUCACCGACCAGGAGUGAAUGGUCUCUGUAAAAAUACAUGGAAUUGAUGAAAGGGAAAGGCUCAGGGCUGUACGAAACAUGAUCGUUUUUUCUAUUUGUAUUAUAGGCAAACGUGCAGCGGAAUAAUCGACAUUUUCUUAUUCAUGAAGGCACAUGGAUGACGAGUUUUUCCGUUUUGUAAAGUAAACAUGCGAUUGGUGUUGCGUGUUUUUUCGUGUUGUUGUUUUUUUUUGCGAGUGAGAGAUAACUGUAUUCAUGUCUAGCGGAUUGGAAUGAAAGUCCGCCAUAUUCUGCUUUACCACGCCCGGGAGUCAAGCUCUUGGAAAUAAAGCGGACACGUUGUUUCAUGUAUUUUUUCAUCAAACGGAUGAUAUGAUAGGACUAUAUUGGACGUGGGAUAUGAAGACAUGCAUUUUAAUAAAAUACGUGAAAAGGAUGACUGGGCAAGAAUGAGAAUGCUUAUCACAAAGACUACGGACGGAUCUGUUGAUCAUAUUUAGAAGAGAAUUCACACUACCCAUUACCCAAUUAGAAUUGUACUGACAUUUAGUUAACUCCCCGAGCCACUGUUUUCUGACUGACAGGCGAUCAGAAAGGACACGAAACGGGGGGCAACACAAAUAUACAUUUUAUUUGAACCACAUCUAGGCUAUGUCCUAUUUAUAUUAAACGCGUCCGUGUUUUUUCGCCAGCUGUUAGGGCGUGACAUGAUAUUCGUUAACUGUUAUAAUUUAUUGCAACUGGAAUCUGCAUAAAGAAGCAGGAAAAGUGAUUUUAAAAGAAUGACCCUUGACUCCAUAAUGGCGUGUUGCCUCAGCGAGGAGGCGAAAGAAGCCAGGCGGAUCAACGACGAGAUCGAAAGGCAGCUCCGCCGGGAUAAGAGGGAUGCUCGGCGGGAAUUGAAGCUGUUGCUUCUCGGUACUGGAGAGAGUGGGAAGAGCACCUUCAUUAAACAGAUGAGAAUCAUCCAUGGCACGGGCUACUCAGAGGAGGACAAGCGCGGCUUCACCAAGCUGGUGUACCAGAACAUCUUCACUGCCAUGCAGUCCAUGAUCCGCGCCAUGGAGACCCUCAUGAUCCCUUACAAAUAUGAGCACAACAAGGGCAACGCUAACGUGGUCCAAGAGGUGGACGUGGAGAAAGUCUACAUGUUUGAGAACCCCUACAUAAACGCCAUCAAGUGUUUAUGGAAUGACCCGGGCAUCCAGGAGGCCUACGAUCGGAGACGGGAGUACCAGCUGUCGGACUCUACCAAAUAUUACAUGAAUGCAUUGGACCGGAUUGCAGAGACCUCUUACCUGCCCACCCAGCAGGAUGUGCUGAGGGUUAGGGUCCCCACUACGGGCAUCAUUGAGUACCCCUUCGACCUCCAGAGUGUCAUCUUCAGGAUGGUGGACGUAGGAGGUCAGAGGUCAGAGAGGAGGAAGUGGAUCCACUGCUUUGAGAACGUCACAUCCAUCAUGUUUCUGGUGGCACUCAGCGAGUAUGACCAGGUGCUCGUAGAAUCUGAUAACGAGAACCGAAUGGAGGAGAGCAAAGCCUUGUUUAGGACCAUCAUCACAUAUCCCUGGUUCCAGAACUCCUCUGUCAUCCUCUUCCUCAACAAGAAGGAUCUGUUGGAGGAGAAGAUCAAUUACUCCCACCUGGUUGACUACUUCCCGGAGUAUGACGGUCCCCAGAGAGACGCCCAGGCGGGCCGCGAGUUCAUCCUGAAGAUGUUUGUGGACCUGAACCCGGACAGCGACAAGAUCAUCUACUCCCACUUCACCUGCGCCACGGACACCGAGAACAUCCGCUUUGUGUUCGCCGCCGUCAAAGACACCAUCCUGCAACUCAACCUGAAGGAGUAUAACCUGGUGUGAAAGCCAUAGAGUUAGAAUCCUAGAAGGGACUUCUUCGGCAUGAGCGGAGCAUGACUGGGGCCGAGGCCCUUCUCCAACAUUGACUGACUGAAUGUCAAACUGACUGCCAAAACAAACAUCUAAUGGUUGCGUAAUGCUAAUUUAUUGCCAUUGUUGACCCUUCCUUUCUUUUGUCUAUUUAAAAGAAAAACAUUAUUGAGGGGGUUUUGGGGGGUUUAAAUGUCGUUGUUGGAUAUGUACAGCACCGUUCCUCCAAUUGUUUUAGGCUAAGCGUUGUGACGUUUUAUUUUUAAGACACGCAAAGUGACAGCUGGGUUUUGUCCGCCUCUGAUCUUGAUUCCAAGGUGCUCCUGCCUUCUGUGUUUCUGAUUUGACCCAGUCGGUCCAUUCCACCGCCGGUCUGUGGCGUCCAUUCUUCUGCCUCACACUUAUUUUCCUCAGAAAGGGUGAAAAGGGUUGAUACUGUGAUUUAAAAAAAAAAAAUUAAUGAUUGUUUUUCGUUAUUGCAUCAAAUGAUUUGGUAGCGUUUGACGUGGGAGUCGUUUGAGCCACACAGCAGGGCAGGAGGUUAUCCGUGUAACUAGGUUGUGGAGUGAGCACCAUGAUACUCAUUGUCCAUCACAGGCCCCGGGGUCAGGAAAAGGUUAUUGAUGAGACAGUGUUGAUGUCGCACGCUGUGCCACGCAGACUUUUUUAAGGUCCUGUUGAUUUCCGAUGCCAAAAGGACGUACAGUAAGGUUAACUCGACGCUCCCCUUUGCACAGUCAACUAGAAAGUGUAUUGGAAGCAGGACGGGACACCAGCCUUUUGAAGGCACCAAGAGUUGCCAAUGCACACGUGACCAUUUUAAAGAGUUUCCCGUUUUUGGUUACGCACUCCUCCCCCAUCUCGUAUUCAUCGUUGAAUGCCAAAACCACUCGUUUGAGUCAGUAUGCCAAGCCUGACAAAACACACAUUCACUGGAGUUCAUAGAGUUGUUGUGUUGUUAAUGCCAAAUUGAGUGGCCAAUCGUUUUGUGGUCAUUGUAUGGAAAUUAUAAUACUAUUGGCAGUAGAAGCUGAAGUCCUCUGGUGACCAGUUGUGAUCAGUUGUGAUUAUGUGGUCGGUUGUAUUCCAUAGGCCUUUUUAUCCAAGUCUUGGGUUUGGUUCACCUUGCACAGUAUGAAAUUAUUUUCUUUUGACCAGACGGAGGCGGGGACCAGGGGGAUGGAGGACCUUGCUCUGUUAGUGAUGGGAAACACAGAUUCAGUUGUGAGAAUCCGCUUUUGUCAAGGGCUCUUCUUUCGUAGAGGGGCCGCUAGUCUUCUCUCAUUGCCUGGACUGAGCUGGACCACCGCAAAGGCAGCUCUGGCAGCCAAUCACAGUGCCAGUGUCUCACAUAGACUGAGAAAUCACAAUGCAACUGUCCUUUUGAUUGUCCAAUCACAGCCCAGCUGUCCAACUGUUUUGGUUUGUUAGCAGUGGAGAUGAUUAGCUGUUUCCCACGUUAAAAGGCGCAGUGGCUCUGACUCCCAGUUAUUUCUCUGAGUAUGUACAUUUUUUGUAACAAUUCCCUAAACAUAACCCUGUAAUUGACAUUUUAUUGAGGUAUAGUGCAAUUAUGAAUGCUAUAAUCAUUUGACAUACAUCUCUCUCUCAUAUAUAUAUAUAUAUGGCAGCAUGCAUGUUGUCUUUGUAAUCAUUAUUCUUUUGGCAGAUUGAAUGUGUGGUAUUGAAAAAAUGUAUCUAUGUAAUUGUAUUGUAUGUCUAAUGUAUGGCUAAUUCGUUUGGGGGAAAAAAUAUUUACGUUUGUUUGUUUUUAAAAUGAGAAUGUAUAUGUUUUUGCCAGUUCAUUUCUCAACAACAAAUGAAGUGCAGUUUCAGAACUGCUUAAGGAGCAAUCAAUAUGAUCUAACGAAACGAUAUGCCAGAAGCUGCAAUCGCUUUUGCUAAUUGACUUUCGUGUAAAAAAAAAAAAUUACCUGGCUAAUUCCAUUGGUUUAAAUCUAAAUACUGGCUUCAGGAAAAGAGCACUUGUCAUGUAGGAAGGACCACAUCACGCAUUAUCCGACUCAUUUCUUUAUUUGACUACAUUUGUUAGCUAUUUUAUUUAUUCAAACAGGGCCUUGGAGACAGCACUCUGCAGUUUCCCCAUUUCCCCUUGUCAUCCCCACACUGGGACUGCGCGUUCCGUUGGGGCUAAUUGUUCAUUGGCCAUUUAACGUAAUGCUGCAACCCCUGAGGUUUCUUAUGUUAACAUUUAAGACUGAGCUGUGACCAGGAGAACAAUCCAUACGCCUCUCAAAAACACCUUCCAGUGUCUUUUUGCUGUCGAGGGUCCACGAAAACCACCUCUACAUUCGAACCACCCCCUAGUCCCUACAUGCUUGAAUUUAUUCUGGGUCGUGUUCAUUAUGCAUGCAACAAAAACGUUUUUUUUAACAACGGAACAAGAAAAUUCUAGUUUUUCUUAUUGGACAAAGCCAGGUUUCAGUUUAUGUUUAACGUUUGGUGCCUAUUCAAUGGAGUUAAGAACGUAUUGUAAAUUCAUUCCUCGGCUAAUGGAGCUGACCUACUGGUACCUUUUCGUAUAGCUCAAAUGGUUUGCACGUUGUCAAGCGGGCGGUCACGUGUGUAGGCAAGGUAAAGGACCAUGGUUCAAGAGCAGUCCGAGGCAAGUUCUGGGAGGCAGCGCUAUAUGCUAAGCUAGUACACUGAAUCCGGUUACACAUAAUAAACACGACCUAGUGCGUUCAGAUCUAUGAUACUGAAGGGGUAGGGGGCUAUGGGAUGGAACAUGUGGGCACUUGAUUAUCGGGGUGGGUGAUGGGUUAGAAUGCAGGUCGCGGACCAAAUGUGGCACUUGCCAAAAAAAGAAUGUGCACCACUAUCACAAUAUGCUAGGAACCCAAAUUUGUUUGAAUGGAUAUAUUAAUGGAUGGUACAUUAAUAAAAGCUAUUGAUGGCCAAUCA